AUGAAUAUCUCACAACCUAUCUCGUCGUCCGUGGAGACGGUCGAGUUCACUUUUCUUACCGAGGAGGAAAUCAGAGCCGUUUCCGUCAAACGUAUUGAGAACGACAGCACUUUCGAUAAUCUUCUCAAUCCUGUUCCCGGUGGUCUAUACGACCCCGCGCUCGGCUCCUGGGGCGAUGCUCUUUGCGCGACCUGCAAUCUCAACCAGUCUUCCUGUCCUGGCCACGCCGGCCAUAUCGAGCUCCCUGUUCCUGUAUACCAUCCGAUCUUCCUCGAUCAAGUCCUUCGGCUCUUGAGGUCGCAAUGCGCUUAUUGCAAAGGUUUUCGCAUGCGCCACCGCGAAAUCAACCGCUUCUCGUGCAAACUUCGACUUCUCCAACAUGGCUUGCUGCAUGAGGCUCAUCUUGUUGAUGCCAUUGGUGAGGAGCUCAAGGGCCUUGCGAUGCCCGGCGUCCCCACCGAUUACGACAGUGAGGCCGAGGAAGAAGGCACUUCUACUGUCGACAACGUCAUUGGCGCACGCGAGGCCUUCGUUCGCCAAAGUUUGAAGGCUCACAAGCUAAGCCUGGGAGAGGCGAGGAAGGGCAAGCACGAAGGGUCUAUUGAAAUGCGAAGGGAGCUCAUCAAGGAGUUUAUGGUGCAAAUAACCAAGCCCAGAAAGUGCGACAACUGCGGUGGCAUUUCCCCGGCCUAUCGAAAGGACCGUUUCGUCAAAAUCUUUGAAAAGGCCCUCAGCGAGAGAGACCUUGCACACAUGGCUCAAAGGAACCUGCACAUGAAGGACUCGAUGGCAACUGCUGCCAUGACAUCGAAGCCUAAGACGACGCGAGGCUCUGAUCACGCCGACGAAGGCGUUGCUGAUGUUGACCAGGCCUCGGAGAACGACGUUGAGAUGCGCGAUGCCAGCAGCAGUGACGAGCAUCCACCUAUGGACAAAGGAGAGGAAGACGCCAACAAUGUCUCCCCGGGACAGCAGCGAUACAUCAGCGCCAUGGAAGUUCGUGCUCGUCUGCGAGAGCUAUUCGAAAAAGAGCAGGAAAUUAUGUCUCUGAUCUACAACUCAAAGCCAGUGACGAAGAAGGCCGCUAAGAUCACGGCUGAUAUGUUCUUUCUCCGCACAAUCCUUGUUCCCCCAAACAAGUUCCGACCUGAAGCUCGUACCGGCGACUCGAUCUCUGAGGCUCAGCAAAACUCUCUGUACAAGAACAUUCUGCGGAACUGUGUCAGUAUUGCUAGAAUACACCAGAACGUCGGAGGUACGGAUCAGUAUGGAAGAGCGAGAGACAUCAGCGACCUGCACCAGAUAUGGACAGAAUUACAAGAGUCUGUCAAUUCCCUAAUCGACAAGAGCAAAAACCCUGUGCAGGGCGCAGCGGCCAAGAGAAAUGAAGACGGGAUCAAACAAAAGCUGGAGAAGAAGGAAGGUCUGUUCAGAAAGAACAUGAUGGGAAAGCGAGUCAACUUCGCUGCGCGAAGUGUUAUCUCUCCGGAUCCGAACAUCGAAACAAACGAAAUCGGCGUGCCUCCUGUUUUUGCACGGAAGCUGACUUACCCCGAGCCAGUCACAAGCCACAAUUUCAGAGAUAUGCAGCAAGCAGUCAUCAAUGGUGUCGAUAAGUGGCCAGGCGCUGCGGCAAUCGAGUACGAGAAUGGCCAGAUUGUCAACUUGCGGUCCAAGUCGACUGAUGACCGUGUAUCGCUCGCCAACCAGCUUCUCGCCCCUACCAACAACCAGAUGAGUGGCGUGAAAAGCAAGAAGGUUUAUCGCCACUUGACAAACGGUGAUGUGGUCUUGAUGAACCGCCAACCAACCCUGCAUAAGCCCUCCAUCAUGGGCCACAGGGUGCGGGUGCUGCCUGGUGAGAAGACAAUUCGAAUGCAUUACGCCAACUGCAAUACGUACAACGCCGACUUCGACGGAGAUGAAAUGAAUAUGCACUUUCCCCAGAAUGAGGUGGCUAGAGCCGAGGCUCUUCAGAUCGCCGACACGGACCAUCAGUAUCUCUCUGGAACUGCAGGCAAGCCCCUUCGCGGAUUAAUUCAGGACCAUCUUUCGGUAUCCGUGGCGCUCUGCAACAAGGAUACUUUCUUUGAUCGCGACUCGUAUCAACAGCUUAUUUACUCAGCGUUGCGCCCGGAGAGUGGCCACAUUCUCGGUGAGAGGAUUGAGCUUAUCCCACCCGCCAUCAUCAAGCCGAUUCCCAGGUGGACUGGCAAGCAGGUUGUAACCACCAUCCUGAAGAACAUUAAGCCGCCAAAUGGCGAGGGACUGUGGAUGACCGGCAAAAGCCAGGUUAAGGGCGAGCAGUGGGGUAAAGGCUCGGAGGAGGGUACUGUACUUUUCCAGGAUGGUCAGUUCCUUUCCGGCAUCCUCGACAAGGCCCAGCUCGGUCCCAGUUCAGGCGGCCUGAUUCAUGCUAUUCAUGAAAUCUACGGUCCUGCGGUUGCCGGCAAGUUGCUGAGUGGCAUUGGCCGACUUCUUACGAGAUACCUGAACAUGCGGGCAUUUACUUGCGGUAUGGAUGAUCUGAGGCUCACACCUCAAGGCGAGGUAUCUCGAAAAGAAACUCUCAAGGCUGCUAAGGGUAUCGGUCUUGAGGUUGCGGCCAGGUACGUGUCUCUGGAGGACAAUAAGCCCGGCAGCGAUGACCCAGAACUUCUCACUCGCCUAGAAGAGGUUAUGCGCGACGACAGCAAGCAGGAAGGUCUCGAUAUGCUCAUGAACCAGAGCUCUGCAAAGGUUUCUAGCAUGGUGACAGCUGCUUGUCUGCCGGUCGGUUUGGUCAAGCAAUUCCCGAAGAACCAGAUGCAGUCUAUGACAACAUCUGGCGCCAAGGGUGGCCAAGUCAAUGCUAACCUCAUUUCGUGCAAUUUGGGACAACAAGUCCUUGAGGGUCGAAGAGUUCCUCUCAUGGUCAGUGGAAAGUCUUUGCCUUGCUUCCGGCCGUUCGAGACAGAUGUUCGCGCUGGUGGCUACAUUGUCCAGCGUUUCUUGACGGGUAUCCGGCCGCAAGAGUAUUACUUCCAUCACAUGGCAGGCCGUGAAGGCCUUAUCGACACCGCUGUUAAGACAUCUCGUUCUGGUUACCUGCAGAGGUGUAUCAUCAAGGGCAUGGAAGGACUGACGGUUUCGUACGACUCUACUGUUCGCGACGCCGACGGCACAUUGGUGCAAUUUUUGUAUGGCGAAGACGGGCUGGAUCCUACCAAGCAGAAGUAUCUCACCGACUUUGGCUUCGUUCUCCGCAACAUCGGUUCCGAAACGGCUCAGUUGAAUUUCGGAAGCGAGUUCAAGGACAGGUUUGCCGGCAACAAGGACGACGUUUUGAAACACAUGAAGAGCGCCAUCAAGCACGCCAAGGUCGACAUCGCCGCCAAAGACCCAAUCAUUUCUCUCGUCAACCCGGCCAGGGUGGCUUUCGCCACGUCUGAGAAGUUCUACGAGAAGAUGUCCAAGUAUAUCAAGAACAAUGAGGAUGGCCUGAUCCGCGACAAGUCUAAGGAUGUCUCUGGUCUUAUCAACGCUCCUGCCGUGAACAGAAAGUCAGCUGAGCUCGUACUCGCCGCUAAAUACAUGCGUUCACUCGUCGAGGCUGGAGAAGGUGUCGGUAUCGUAGCUGGCCAGAGUGUCGGUGAGCCUUCUACACAGAUGACGCUGAACACAUUCCAUUUGGCCGGUCAUUCAGCGAAGAACGUCACGCUUGGUAUUCCCCGUCUUCGCGAGAUUCUCAUGACUGCGAGUCGGUCUAUCUCCACGCCGUCGAUGACUCUCCUUCUUCACGAGGAGCUCUCCGCAACUGAGGGAGAAAUCUUUGCAAAGUCCAUCAGUGUGUUGCCUCUGGCCGAUGUGCUUGACACCGCAAGCGUCAAUGAACGCAUUGGAAAGGGGCAAAAUAGUGCGCUGGCUAAACUUUACGAUGUCCGACUGAACUUUUUCCCCUCGGAGGAAUACACCAAGACCUACGCGAUCGAUGCCUCUGAUGUCAUGGAUACCGUGGAAAAGAGGUUCUUGGAUCAUCUUUUGAAGAUAAUGACCAAGGAGAUCAAGAAACGGCGAAGUGAGUCCAGCUCAGCCACGCCUGAUAUCGGUGCCAAGGCCGGCGUUGUCGAGAUGGCGACAGGCAACGGAGAGACAAGAGGUGGCGGGGACGACAACGACGAUGACGACGAUGACGGUGAUGGCGAUGCGACAAACGCUAAGAACAAGGCAAAUCGAGAAGAAGCCGUAUCCUACGGACCCAAUGAUGACGAAGAUGACGCCAUACAGCGACAGAUGGAGCGCGAGGAGUCAGUGGAAGAAGACGAAGGCUUUGGCGGCAGCCCAGUCCCCGAGACUCGGCAGGAGGCUUCAGACGAGGAGGAGGAGGAGGCAGGAGACGAUGAGUCGGAAAGCGAGGGCGCCUGGAGAGCUGAGCGUGUGAAAGAACGGUACCUUCGUGUUACGCGUUUCAGCAGCGACGAGGCCGGAGAAUGGUGCGAGUUCACGCUCGAAUUUGAGGCAGAUACCCCCAAGGUGUUGAUGCUCAAUAUCGUGCAAGCGGCAGUCAAGAAGUCAGUUGUCCAGCAAAUACCUGGUGUCGGCUCGUGUACCUUCACUGCGGACCACAAGACGACGGACCCCAUCACAGGCAAGGAUAUUUCAGUGCCAGCCAUUUACACCUCUGGGGCCAACCUCAGGGCGAUGCACAAGUACGGCGACUUCAUCAACCCGAACAAGAUCGCAACGAACGAUAUUGCUGCCGUCCUGGACGUGUAUGGUGUCGAGGCGUGCCGGACCAAUAUUGUCUCGGAACUGGCCGGCGUUUUCGGAGGUCACGGAAUUAGCGUCGACAACCGCCAUUUGAACCUCAUUGCCGACUAUAUGACCCGCAACGGUGACUUCACACCCUUCAACCGCAACGGCCUGCGCGGCAACAUUAGCCCAUUCACCAAAAUGAGUUUCGAAACAACUCUUUCAUUCCUGAAGGAUGCUGUGCUCGACGGUGAUUGGGAUGACCUCAGGACGCCAAGCAGUCGCAUCGUGAUGGGCCGUUUGGGCAGGAUUGGAACGGGUGCAUUCGAUGUCCUUACUGCUCUGCCGACGCAUCACAUGUCGUCUCAUGCGGAGUAG